GGGUCUACUACAGGGCUCGGUCUUAAGCCCUAUUCUUUACAAUAUCUACACAUAUGACCUUGAACAUUCGAUUUCAUCUUUCUGUGACAUAUGCAGAUGAUCUUGCUAUCUAUGUAACAGCUCCUGAUAUCCUAACUGCCUCCCAUCAUCUUAACAGAGGCUUAUAUUAUCUUAAUCAAUGGCUUACUGACCAUGGCCUCUCUCAGCUUCUAAAAGCAAAAUAAUAACCUUUAGUAGAAAACGUGUUAUCCCUACUCACAUAAUGGUGAAUCUAUUCCAGUUCUUAACAAAGUAAAAUUUUUAGGUAUUUACUUAGAUUGUCAUAUGACUGGUACUGCUCACUUUAAUUACAUCAGUGACAAAUGUGAGAAAGGUGUUAACAUUCUUAGAUCUCUUUCAGGCAUAUGGUGGGGUUCUCACCCCGUGUCAAAAAAUCCUAUACAAUGCCAUCAUCCGCAGUCACUUCGACUAUGGCUCUUUUCUUCUGGAGCCCUGCAACAAAUCGGCCCUUAAUAGGCUUGAUGUUACCCAAACAAGAUGUUUACGUAUUAUCACAGGCGCAAUGAAAUCAACUCCUAAAAAUGCUUUACAAGUAGAAUGUGCUGAUCCCCCUCUCUCUUUACGAAGACAGUUUCUAGCUGAUAGAUUUCUCUCAAAAACACUACAACUAUCAUUUCACCCCUUACAUCGUAAACUAGAAUCCUUGCUAAUAUUAGCUGUAAACAACUCCUACUGGUCUAAUAAAAGCUGGCCCCCUAUUCUUAAAUCUCUAAAUAGAUUAAAAAAUAUUGGUUAUCCUUGUGUAACAUCCCUAAUUCUACCCUAUUUUGAAACCAGCUAUGAAGCUAUAUUACUAAACCCUAAAAUCACUCUGAAUUUAAACAUUAAUAAAAAUUCCCCAACUGCAAACAGAACUUUCUACAACCUUGUGGCAAAAAAAUGGUCUGAUUGGCUAUAUAUUUUUACUGAUGCUUCCAAAUUGUCUUCAUUCAAAUGUUUUUUAAAUUUAGCUUUUUGAACAAACAAAUCACAUCUACAAUCUGCCGUUUAAGGCUUGGGCAUGCCUGCACUCCUGUAUUUCUAGCUAAAAUUAGAAUCAAAGUUCAUUCCCUCUGUGAAUGUGGUCUGAAUGAAGGUACCCCAGACCACAUUUUUUUUAAUUGCCAAAAUCACCCAAUUUCUUUAUAUUAUGACAUUCUUCCCAACACAAUCCCUCGACCAGUGAAUAUCAAUUCCCUCUUAACUAUCCCCAAUUCCAUAUAUGUCAAUAUGAUCUCAAAAUAUAUUCAAAUGUAUAAUAUUAAACUCUAAUUAUUGUGUACUAAAUUUAGCUUAACCUAAUUCUCUAUUCCCUGCCCAGGCUAAUUCUCUCCUAUAACUAGAAGUUUGCUCUAUAUUGUGUGGUCCAUAAUUUAUGUAUUUAGUUGCUUUGUUUUUAUCCAUAUUUUCACCUAAUAACCGCUAACUCCUUUUCCACCGAAAAGCCUCAAGACAAGGUGCGACAGACCAAAGACUGGACAUUGGCAGAAUUAUUGUGACUUAACCACAAUACCAAGGGCCAUAUAGACAAAAUAAAAAAACUUUUACAAAAGUUUUGAUUAUUUUAUUGUAUGAUUGCAUUUUAUAUUUGUUAAUAAUAUUGCUUUGUUGUUUGUUUAUAGAAAGAUUAUAUUUAUAGAAAAGAAUGUUCGAGUGUGAUCACUGUAAUAAACGCUAUAUUAGAAAAUCUAAUCUUCUAACGCACUUGAUAGCUCAUACAAGAAGAAAAACAAAAUAUGAUUGCCACAUGUGUGAUAAGUCGUAUAUUUUACAAAGUAAAUUUACCGCGCAUGUGAACCAUCAUCAGCAAGACAAAUAUUUCCACUGUAGUAUAUGUGAUAAAAAAUAUAUCCAUGAACAUAGCCUAAAGAUUCAUAUAAAAGUUCAUGGAAAUGGAAGAAGCUUCAUAUGUGAAAUUUGUAGUAGAACAUUUACCAGUAAAUUUUGCUUAGAUAGACAUUCAUUGACUCAUAAAGGUGAUAAGCCCUUUGAAUGUAAUAAAUGUUUCAAGAGGUUUUAUCAGAAAGUACAUUUAAUGUCACAUUAUUCAGUGCACAGUGAUAAAAAACUAUUUCUCUGUGACAUUUGUGGUAGGGGAUUCACAAGGAAAGAUACAUUAGUGGGACACAUCAAAUUCCAUGACAAUAAUAUAAAUUGUGAAAGAGAAAACUGUACGGGAAAUAUUGUUCCAAAAAUAAAAAAUACUGAAAUAAAAUCUUUAUUCAAAAAUAUAGAAAAUAAUAUAAAUAAAACAACCAUUAGACAAGAAAUAUACAGAAAUGAAAUAAAAAACAAAAAUUCCUUCCAUUUUGGGCCCUUGAACACCAAAGGACUAACCUUAGAUAUGAAAUCUCGUGUAAUCGUAACCAAUUUUAGCCAGACAAAUAUAUUAACUGAUAACAAAAACAUAGAAACUAAUUCAGAGCAAUCAUUAUAUGUCAAACAUGCUGAAAAAAUGCAUGAAUGUCCACAAUGCAGUAAGCAAUAUAAAAAUAAGAAGUCACUGACACUGCACAUGAAGUUACAUACAUUACAAAACAUAUUCAUAUGUGAGAUUUGUGCAAAGGUGUUCACAAUAAAACGUAAAUAUGAGAUGCAUAUUCUUAGUCAUUCCGGAGUGAAAUUGUAUUCAUGUAAAACAUGUGACAGAAAGUUCACUGCAAAACACUCUCUGGUAACACACAUGCACAUGCAUAAAGGGUAUAAACCAGUCCAGUGUGCAAUAUGUGGAAUGAGAUUCUCCAAGAAGAGCUCUCUUGACAGGCACUCCCUUAUCCAUAGUGGUGUAAAGCCAUACAAUUGUAAAACAUGCAACAAGUCUUUCACCCAGAAAAUACAACUUUCCAACCAUGAGAAGACUCACAAUGGAAUCCGACCAUACCUCUGUGCCAAUUGUGGAAAGAGUUUUAGUAGAAUAGAUGUAUUAAAUGUGCAUUGCAGAAUUCAUGAUAAAGU